AAGUAUGAAUACCGUUAAGCAGUCGUUUACGUUAAUGUGAUAUAAUCCUAAUCACAUUGCGCUAUUCGUCUUUUACGUUACCUGAUACAUGGGACAUUUUGUGCUUGACCGACUUUGAACAUGCGAUGGAGUAGCGGAUUAUUAUCUUGACUUUUUCGACGUCCUUGGCUAAACUUUGUAAACCGGCGAAUGUUUGUCGCUGUAAAAUUAGAAACAGUGGACAACUUUAUCCCGAAUCACAUCAUCUGUAUGGGCUAUUUAGUCUUCAAGAAUUGUUUUCAGAAGGCACAAUUCACUCACUAAGUAGCCAUGAAGAGAGUCAGAACCAGUGGCGACAACGAGGCUCCCCGGCAGAAUGGCUAUGCAGGCCGAGGGAGAGGAGAGCAGCAGCAAAAUGACGGGGAUGAUGGAGACGGUGCCUUCGGCCCAGCUGACCUGCAGGACGACGAGGGUGACCCGAGCCUCAGGAGAGAAAUCCGGAGCAAGUACAGAGACCUCAUCAACUCAGUGCAACAGAAUCGAGAAGAUAUGCUGAGUCCUUCUAACAACAAACUCACAGAGGUUUUAGAACAGGCAAACAAGCUGUUUAAAGAUGUUCGGCAGGCGAGGGAAGCGGCUCUGGAUGCCCAGCUUCUUGUUGUGGCUACAGACCUGGGAAAGGAGAAAGCCAGCCAACUGUUUGUUGAGGGCACCGCUUUUGACCCCACUGCUUUUGCUGAGCAUCUGCUGUCCUUCAUGGGUCUUAAUCGCCUAGAAGAUGGGGAGGAUGCAGCAGAAUGGGGUGGAGCUGACGGCUACCUGCCACAGGAUGCCUGGCACAGAGUGGCCAGGAAAGCAGAGUGCUGUUUCAGUACAGCACCCUCCUUCCACUACAUGAUGGGUUCCUUCCAUGCAGAGCCUCCUCCUCCAAAGCAAAGGAUAGAGCGGCAAAGGAAAGCACCCACCAAGGAAGCCAAAAGGAUAAUGCCUACUCAGCUGAAGAAAAUGGAAGAGUCUCAUCAAGAAGCGACAGAGAAAGAGGUGGAAAGGGUCCUGGGACACCUGAAACGUUACUACCAAGAUGAUCCAGAAUCACCAAUAUAUUACUACGAGUUUGUCAUUGACCCCAACUCGUUUUCCCGGACAGUAGAGAACAUUUUCCACACGUCUUUUCUCAUCAGGGAUGGUUGGGCACGGAUGUAUCUGGAUAGUGCCAAAUUACCUUGUAUAGCACCUGUAGAGGAGGGGGAGGUGGAAGCUGGAGGAUCGACCAGUCGUAAACAGUGCAUCAUCUCUAUCAGCCCGAAGACGUGGAAGGAGCUUAUUGAUGCUUUUGACAUCAGAGACGCAAUGAUUCAUCCAAACACACAACAUUGAAUGACGGAUGGCACCAUUUUUCAUCAGCUUGAAUUAUAAACAUUGAUUUUAGUUGUAUUGUUAUUUUUUUCUUUUUUUUUUAUCUCUAAAAGCAGAGUUACUUGUAAACUCUUGUCAUAGUGACAAGGCAGGGAAAUUUUUCUACUGUAGAUAGUUUUAAUACUUUUACUGUUUUUAUGAGUGUAAAUAAUAAAGGCAAAUGUAAAAGCU